AUGGAGGAAUCUGUCUGCCUGCGUCACAGCAGCUUCAACGUCGGGGAUUUCCUCAGCAAGUUCUUCAACGGGAAAAACAAAGAGCACACCUGCCAGUCCGCUGAUCCUGCCCUCUAUUCGGAGAUGGCCGCAGCCUGGGCCUACUUAGAAAGAAAGAAAGCAAGGUUCGACUCAAAGCUCAGCCAGCAGACUGUCUGUGAUAGCGACUCCUCAGACAUAAAUAGCGAGAACUUGGAUUCAGGGGCAUCCUCGGGGAAGGAAAAUAAAACAGAGUAUAUCCCCACCACAGCUAGCCUUAGGCAGAGAAAGAUAGAACUACGGAAACUAAGGAAUACGGGGAGCCACUGGAUCAGCGAACAACCCUGCCUUCACUGCAAAGCCAAGAGGACAAGAAAAUGGCUGUCCCAGCAUUUCUUUAAUCCCAUGCCAUCUCCUCAUGGGAAGAGCAGUUCAUUAGAAGAGAAUUCCUCCGGG